AUGGGUGUGCAUCUGCCCCUGCUGUCUUCAGCCCCAUUGGUGGCCAUUGGCAUGGGGGCCCUGGAGCAAGUGGGGCAGACAGAGAGCUUGCAGAGAGCAGCAGGGCAGGGAGCUGUGCUGAACUUCCUCGAUGCCAGUGAGCAUGAGACCUCCUUGCCGUAUUCCAGCGGUGGGGAAAUGAAGAAGGAGUCAUUUGGAAAAUCUAUGAUCCCAGUAAUAUGCAAGGCCGGACGUCCCCGUGUUGGCAGCGCUGCAGGGUCUCUGCGAAGCUCUCUCCUGGUAGACUUUAAGGAGUCCCGGGAGAUGAGGCAAGGAUCCAGCAGCACAAGCCAAGAGAAGACACUGGAACAUGCAGGCCUGACUGGCUACCCUCUUGCCAAGAGGUUUUCCCUGGCAAGUCCCUCCAUGCUCCUUCCCUCCAAGCCGCUGCCUCCCAUCCAGAGGAGCUCUCCUGCUGCCAUGCCAAGCAAGAUGUUCCAUGGAGAGCAGGAGACUGGGAAAUGUGGCAGCAGCUUUGAAGAGCAGGGUCAAAAGAAAGAGGGGCUCAUUUCAGAGGGAAAAGGAAUUAAGGCUUCCUUGCCGUAUUCCAGUGGUGGGGAAAUGAAGAAGGUGUCACUGGGACUGCCUUUGAUCCCCCCAAUACGCAAGGCAGGAAGUCUCCCUGUUGACAGUGCUGCAGGGUCUCUGCGCAGCUCUCCCCAGCUGGAUUUCCAGGAGUCCUGGGAGAUGAGGCCAAGAUCCAGCAGCACAAGCCAAGAGAAGACCUCGGAACAUGCAGGCCUGACUGGCUACCCUCUUGCCAAGAGGUUUUCCCUGGCAAGUCCCUCCAUGCUCCUUCCCUCCAAGCCGCUGCCUCCCAUCCAGAGGAGCUCUCCUGCUGCCAUGCCAAGCAAGAUGUUCCACGGAGAGCAGGAGACUGGGAAACGUGGCAGCAGCUUUGAAGAGCAGGGUCAAAAGAAAGAGGGGCUCAUUUCAGAGGGAAAAGGAAUUAAGGCUUCCUUGCUGUAUCCCAGUGGUGGGGAAAUGAAGAAGGCGUCACUGGGACUGCCUUUGAUCCCCCCAAUACGCAAGGCAGGAAGUCUCCCUGUUGGCAGUGCUGCGGGGUCUCUGCGCAGCUCUCCCCGGCUGGAUUUCCAGGAGUCCCGGGAGAUGAGGCCAAGAUCCAGCAGCACAAGCCAAGAGAAGACGUUGGAACAUGCAGGCCUGACUGGCUACCCUCUGGCCAAGAGGUUUUCCCUGGCAAGUCCCUCCAUGCUCCUUCCCUCCAAGCCGCUGCCUCCCAUCCAGAGGAGCUCUCCUGCUGCCAUGCCAAGCAAGAUGUUCCACGGAGAGCAGGAGACUGGGAAACGUGGCAGCAGCUUUGAAGAGCAGGGUGGAAAGAGCGAGGAGCUCAAUUCAGAGGGAAAAGGAAUUAAGACCUCCUUGCCGUAUUCCAGCGGUGGGGAAAUGAAGAAGGGGUCAUUUGGAAAAUCUAUGAUCCCCGUAAUAUGCAAGGCCGGACGUCCCCGUGUUGGCAGCGCUGCAGGGUCUCUGCGAAGCUCUCUCCUGGUAGACUUUAAGGAGUCCCGGGAGAUGAGGCAAGGAUCCAGCAGCACAAGCCAAGAGAAGACACUGGAACAUGCAGGCCUGACUGGCUACCCUCUUGCCAAGAGGUUUUCCCUGGCAAGUCCCUCCAUGCUCCUUCCCUCCAAGCCGCUGCCUCCCAUCCAGAGGAGCUCUCCUGCUGCCAUGCCAAGCAAGAUGUUCCACGGAGAGCAGGAGACUGGGAAACGUGGCAGCAGCUUUGAAGAGCAGGGUGGAAAGAGCGAGGAGCUCAAUUCAGAGGGAAAAGGAAUUAAGACCUCCUUGCCGUAUUCCAGCGGUGGGGAAAUGAAGAAGGGGUCAUUUGGAAAAUCUAUGAUCCCAGUAAUAUGCAAGGCUGGACGUCCCCGUGUUGGCAGUGCUGCAGGGUCUCUGCGAAGCUCUCUCCUGGUAGACUUUAAGGAGUCCCGGGAGAUGAGGCCAAGAUCCAGCAGCACAAGCCAAGAGAAGACGUUGGAACAUGAAGAUCUGACUGGCUACAGUAUUUACAAGAAUCUUCCUCCUAGAUGUCCCUCUUCACUCCUUCCCACCAAGCCCUUGCCUCCCAUCCGAGAGAGCUCUUCCUCUAUCAAGCCAAGCAAGAUGGAUGAUGGAGAGAAAGACAAAGGGCAAACUAGCACUGGCUACAAUGAUGUCAGAAGAAGCAGCCAGGAGCAGAGUCCAGAGGGAAAAGGACAUAAGGCUUCCUUGCUGUAUUCCAGUGGUGGGGAAAUGAAGAAGGUGUCACUGGGACUGCCUUUGAUCCCCCCAAUACGCAAGGCAGGAAGUCUCCCUGUUGACAGUGCUGCAGGGUCUCUGUGCAGCUCUCCCCAGCUGGAUUUCCAGGAGUCCCGGGAGAUGAGGCAAGGAUCCAGCAGCACAAGCCAAGAGAAGACCUCUGAACAUGCAGCUUCUUCUGAAUCUACAACAAAAACCCAGAGAAAGAAGGAAAAGAGCUCUCAGUGUAAGACAGGACCUGGGAUGCCUCUGUUCCCAAGGGAACUCACGGACCCCUUCAGCUUGGAGAUUCAAGUGCCGGGCGCUGGCCUUGGGAAUGGAGGUCUCAGCUCCCAGCCGGCUCAGGGGGCCUUGGCCCAGGAGCCCCAGGAGCAUGGCUCAGCCUCACAAAAAGGCCUCCCACUGAGCCAGGCCAAGGAGACAGACCAUCCCAGCAGUGCUGGUCUUACGAGGGACAAAGAGCUGAGGGCCAGCUCUGCAAAGGUGCGUGCUACAUUGUGCAAGUUGGCUCCAAAGAGCUCAGCGUGGAAGGAAAUGGAGCUUUUGGUAAAAGAGCUGAAGAGGAGACAAAAGGAAACAUCCUUGAAGCUUCUCCCACAGACAGUUGAGCCUGGGGAUGCAGCUGAAGCAACCUUUAGCCUCCCGCCUGUCGCUGGCACAGCUCCUAGUGUGCAGAGAAAACACCCUGGUAGUGCCAUGAAGAAAACAGUCGUCAGAAAGCAGGACAACGUGCCACUGCUGCCCAGUACGCCCACCCUCCCUGGGGAUGACAGCUUCCCACGCAACUCCUCAGGGCUGGGAGAAAUCCGGGUGCUGAGACAGGAGAGGCAGCUGAGGGGUUCCCUCCUGGGGUAG